AACGCUUUGCACAUGUGCGAUACUGGUUAGCACGUACGACCACUGAUGAGACGUGCGCACGCGGUGAGCAUGGUCUCUGUAGCGCAUAGCCUGCUUCACGCGCAAGAAUUCCUCCAACGGCUCUAUUGUGGACCCGGUGCAGCAUCUCAGAAGAUGAAUAUCCUCGGCAUUCCCGUAGGAGGCUUGGUCACUAAUACCGCGCACGAUGCUCGUCACCAGCGCCGGAGCCGCGAGAACGGCGUGGUGAUGUGUCUGAGCACAGCAGAACCACCAGCCUGUCCACCUGGCUUUGGCCUGUCUUCUGGAAUUCCUAGCACGCUCGUCCGCCUCAUGGCGAAUGGGCGAUGCAAGCCGACUCAACACCCUGAAAUCUUGAGGCAGUGGGAGCAUCCUGGAUCAGGCACGACACAUGGCUUCUGGAUGUUCGGAGGAGUCAAGAACGGUCGGGACCUAGCCAUAUGCACGAGAUAUCGUCUCAGUCUGCAUCGGGUCUGCAAGACUCGUGGUAAUGCACAUCUGGGGUCCGGCUACAGCUGAGAGUCUCAAUGGAAAGGAUACGAAGAAGAACUCACGAUAGUGCGCUUCGAGUUGAGUGUCCGCUGUGGACAUCAAUUGCGACGCCUUGGCGACUCCCUCCGACACAAUACCUUCCCUAUGAAGGCGGGAAAUCACAGCG